AAGUCUCUGGCAACCGCUCCUUGCAGACUGGCUGUUUGCCGGUGGUGAGGAACAGGGACCCAUUGCGACCACCCCCACUUCACCAGGUGCACGUCGCCAGGUUCGCCAUGGAGGUGACACUGGAACAGAGCGAGGGCCUGCCGGAGGGGUGCUUGCUGUCAAUCCGCUCAGGCUCAACGAGGCGCCAGGCGCAGCUGGACGGAAAGUUCAAGCUCUUCUUCCCCAAGGGCGGAAAGCCGGGCGAGGACGUGAAGGUGGAUGCCCUGUACCCGGUGGGCACGAAGCUGGUGCGCCUGGAGGAGGGUGCCGGGCUGUAUGAAGUUCAGCUGGGCGAGGGCAUGAAGGUCUCGCUGAAUAUGCGGGAGGUGGAGCAGGCUGGCAUAGAUCAGGACCUACCGGGCGCAAAGGAGGAGAAGGAUGAUGUGUCGGCCAGCCAUCGGCAUCGAGUGGCGGUAUCUGCCCGGAAGUACUUGGACGAGCACAAGCUGCUGGGAUGGGCCCACAGGCUCUUCCAGGAUUUGAUCCAUGACCAACCCGCAGACCCCUGGGCUUACAUUGACAAGCGCACUAUGGAGGCUCGCCAGGAGGACUGCAAGAAGCCCGAGGUGAAGAUGAUGAGCGAAGCAGAGCUGGAGGCGCUGAAGGCUCCAGGUGCCGAGAAGGAGAUGGACAGCAUCCGCAUGAAGGCCCAGAAGGCGCUGAUGCGCGCUGCCGAGGACGGGUCGCUGGAGGCAGCGCUCUUCAAGCAGCCAAAGCAAGAGGCCUCACUGGAGGAGCUCCGUCAGCAGGCGGCGGAGAUGCUGCUGAAGAGUGCGUCGGACGGCACCUUGGAGAAGGCCCUGGUGGACGCGAAGGGCAAGGACAUGGAGGAACUGCGCGCCGAGGCGGCGGCGGUGCUGCUGGGCGCCGCAGCGGACGGGACGCUGGAGGCGGUGCUGCGGCGGCGGGCCGGCGGCGGCGGCGGCGAGGAGUCGAGUGAGCGCUUGCGCCAGCAGGCGGCAGCCACGCUUCUGCAGGCGGCGGCGGAUGGCACGCUGGAGGCAGUGCUCAGCAAGAAGCCUGGGCAGGACCUGGAGCGACUGCGCCAGGACGCCGCCGCAGUGAUGCUGAAGGCGGCGCAGGAUGGCACGCUGGAGGCGGUGCUCAAGGAAAAGAAGGCGCCCAAGGACCCGGAGACUUUGCGACAGGAGGCGGCGGCCACGCUGCUCCAGGCGGCGCAGAGCGGGAAGCUGGAGGAGGUGCUGAGCAAGAAGAGCGACAGCAAGGACGUGGACCAGCUCCGCAGCGAGGCGGCCGCGGUGCUGAUGCGGGCGGCGGAUGACGGGACCUUGGAGCAGGUGCUGAAGGAGAAACAGGAGGCCGGAGGCGCGGAUGUGGAUGGCUUGCGCCAGCGAGCGGCGGCCACCCUGUUGAAGGCCGCGGAGGACGGGACGCUCGAGGCGGUCCUGAGCCAGCGCCCCACGUCGCAGGACGAGGGCACGGGGACAUCCGACCCUUUGCGCGCACGUGCUGCUGAUUUGCUUAUGAAGAGCGCAGCCGACGGCACCCUAGAGGCGGUUUUGCGGAAGAGGGCCGCGCAGGACCUGGACGGCCUGCGCUCGGAGGCGGCGGCCACCUUGCUGUCAGCGGCCCAGGAUGGGCGCCUCGAGGCGGCCCUGCACCACCAGGCCCCGAGCAUUGAAGAGAUCCGACAGGAGGCGGCCAACGCCUUGGUCAAGGCGAUGGAGGAGCCCGGCGCCAUUGAUGCGGCGCUGGCGAAGGCCAAGGGUCAGGAGCGCGACGUUGAGUCCUUGAAGCAGGAGGCCGCGAUGGCGCUUCUGAGGGCUGCAGAGGACGGAAGCUUGGACAAGGCGUUCGCGGAAUCCAAAGCUGAGGACCUGGACUCCUUGCGCCAGGCCACCGCAGAGACUUUGCUGAGGGCGGCCAUGGAUGGCUCCCUGCACCAGGCUUUGGCAUCGGGCCCUCCCGCGCUUCCGGAGGACGAGGAGCUCACGUCUCUGCGCCAAGACGCCCGAAACAUCCUGAUGCAGGCUGCCGAGGACGGACGACUAGAAGUGGCCUUGAAGAGCGUUCGCCCGGAGGGCAUGGAUGGCCUCCGGCGAAUCGCAGCGGAGUCGCUGCUGGCAGCGGCCAAGGACGGGACCCUGGAGAAGGCCCUGCUUCAGGCCAAGGAGGAUGGCCCGAGCCUGGAUUCGCUGCGCAUGCAGGCCGCCGAGACACUGCUGCGUGCAGCGGAGGACGGCACUUUGGCACAGGCCUUGGGCGAGAGAGACCUCGAGGCCCUCCGCCAGGAAGCGGCGGGUGCGCUUUUGCGUGCGGCCGAGGAUGGGACUUUGGAGCAGGCGCUUACGAAGCAGACGGAGGAGACAGGGCCGCUGGGGACUUCCACCGGACGGCUGCCGUAUCGUAUGGCGCGGCUCAUCCUCUUUCUCCUCCGCCCCGCCUGGGCGGAGAGGCUGCCUGCCGGGGAGCGCAGGGUGAUGGUUGAGGCCCGGCUUUUCGAGGGCUCGAAGGAGCCAGAGCUGCCACAGCUACCUGACUGCGAAGGCGGCGUUCUGCGCUUGGGCUCGGGCCAGUACCGCGUGGCGGAGGAAGGGGCUCAGUGGUCUUCACCCUGCGCCCUGGAGGCAGACGGGGCCCAGAUCCUGCUGGACGGGCCCUUGCUGGCCGAGGGCAAUCUGACCUUGCGGGGCUCGCUCCACUUCACUGGCCGCAACAGCUUCUUCCAGGCCUGCGUUCAUGUGGGCGGCGACCUUCAAGUGCAUGGCGCCGUGUCUGUCAGCAACUGCUCUAAUCUCAGAAAAGUCAGAAAGGACAACACACGAGACGGCGGAUGCGUGCGCGCCUGGCGCCUGGAGAUCUUGCCCACGGGACGCCUGGACCUUCGGAACUGCUCUGCCGCCCGUGCAGGCGGAGGCCUAUACGUGGGUGGCGGGGGCCUGGACCAGGACGGCGCCCUAAGCAUUUUUGACGGCGCAGCGCACAUGGCAGGCUGCGCCGCAGUGACAGGCCUCUGGCGCCACUCGGGCUCCACCAAAAUGUCCAACUGCUCUGCGCGUGGUGCUGGAGGCGGCGCCUUGGCGAAGAGUGGCCUGCAGCUGAGAGGCGGCGAGAUGCAGCUGGCAGACUGCCGCGCGGAGGGAGAAGGAGGUUGCCUGAUGGUCUUGGAGGGCGUAAAUCAGACAGGCGGCGCCCUGCACAUAUUCCGCGGCCGCGGGGUGGGCCUUGGCGGGUGCGCCAGCGUGGCCGGCGGCCUCCGGCUCAGUCGCGCAGGGCGCUUGGUCUUCCGAGAUUGCGCGGUGGAGGAUGCGCCGAAGUUGCCGGAAAAGUACGCGGGCAACGGUGGGGCGCUAUACCUUUCUGGUAACUUGGAGCAGGACGGGGAUUGGCAGGUGAAGGAGAUAGCCCGCCUCAGCCCCCAGCAGGAGGGGCAUCUGGAGUUUGCGGGCUGCCGCGCCUCCAACAUUGGGAUGGGAGGAUGCCUGUGCCACGGCUAG